AUGAGCAAGACGCCGACGGUGAUGUGGGCGCAGCGCGACGACCGCGUGCUCCUGACGGUCGACGUGCAGGACUGCAAGGAGCCCACCAUCAAGAUGACCAACGAGGGCGACCACGGCAAACUCUCCUUUUCGUGCACCACGGGGAAAGGUGAGAGCUACGCCGUCGACAUGGAGUUCCCGGAGAAGAUCGAGGAGGCGGGCGGCAAGGUUAACCGGACCGACCGCCACGUGCAGAUCGUGGUGAUGAAGGAGUCGAACAAGAACGGCUGGUGGCCGCGUCUGAUCAAGGGCAGCGGCAAGGCGCCCGCGUGGGUGAAGUGCGACUGGGACCGCUGGAUGGACGAGGACGACGAGGAGGGCGACGCGAUGGACUUCGACAUGUCCAAGUUCAACGACAUGUCGGAGUGGGGCGCCGGCGGCGGCGGGCCGAUGGGGGGCGGCGGGCCGAUGGGCGGCGGCGGCCCGAUGGGCGGCAUGGACAUGAGCCAGCUGAUGGCGCAGAUGGGCGGCGCGGGCGGCGCGGGCGGCGCGGGCGGGGGCGCGGGCGGCAUGGACCUGAGUGCGCUCAUGGCGCAGAUGGGGCAGAACGGGGCGGGGGCGGACCCGACGGCGGGGAUGGACCUGGGGCAGGACGAGGGGGACUCGGACGACGACGAGCUGCCCGACCUGGAGAAGCCCGAGUGA